GGCGGAACUAUAACAUGGCGUCUUUCUCUAAACUCGAGGAGUUGGACUUGACUCAGGAUGAAGUGGAACGCUUCUCCACAGCGUUUAAAGAUGAAAAGUUCAGAAAAAUGCUCUGUGAAUAUGCGGAGGAAAUCUCCAAUCCGGAAAAUAAGAAAAAGUACGAAGAGGAAAUCACUCAACUUGAAAAAGAGAGGGGCAUGGACGUUAAGUUCGUGCAUCCCAAACCAGGUUAUGUCCUAAAAACCAGCGUCAAUGGGGACCAGAAAUGUUUCAUCAACGUGUGCAGUAACGACUUGAUAAAUAAACCCGUUUGCAAAGCUGGAAAGGGUGCCAAUGGGAAAGUGGGACAACAUUGGUCUCUUCCCUACAGUCUGGCGCCGGGGAGAGAAGAUCUGGGUAAAGAUGGCAGAAAACACAUGAUUUACGAUGUAGUCUUUCAUCCAGACACGUUGUAUAUGGCGAAUAAAAACCAGAAGUUCAAAACAAUGGUAGAUCAAACUUCAAUUGAAGUGAUCGAGAAGCAACUAAAUGCCAAACUAGAUUUAAGAAAUGUUAAAACUUUAAAAGCAAAAUACAAGGGAAUGCCUGAGGCUGCUGUCAUUCGAAAACCUAUUCCUGGUGUUCCCAGGGAACCUCCAGAUGAAGAGGACCCUUUACGGUUUCCUUACCCCUUUGGUUCCCCAAAGUCAGAAAUGGCCUCUGGAAAUGGCACAAAAUCUAAAACAACAAGCAAAAGUUCAAAAUCUGCUGUGAAGGACAAGAAUACAAAAACACAAGACGGCAAGUUUACUCAACCCAAAUAUGCCAUUGUUCACAGGUCACAUGUUGAUUUGCAAGAUUAUCGAUACGCUCGUGAAUCUGCUCCCAGCACCAGACCUAAAGAACUGGUGAUUACUAUUGACCUCCCUUUGCUUAAGUCUGCUGAAAAUGCUUGUUUAGCUGUAACUGAGCAAUUUUUAAGUUUGGAGUCACAGAAACCGGCUUACAAGCUUAAUUUAAAACUCCCUUACCCAGUAGAUGAAAAUCUGGGGUCAGCUACAUUUAACAAAUCUAAGAGGCAGCUUGUGGUUACUUUGCCUGUGCUAUGUUUGGAGCAAGCCCUAGAAACUGGACAGUUUUCAGCUGGUGAUUUUGAACAAUCAAGGACUGAGUCCACAGAGAGUGGCCAAUCAUAUUGUGAAUCAGAAUUUUAUGAGCUUGAAAGACAUUUACGUCAUCAAAAUGGAGAGCGUUUUGGUGCUUGUGUGAAUCCAAAAAGUGAAUUUGAACUUAGAACCCUACAAGAUUCCAACCUGGAGCAAUCUGAGAAUGAUGAACACUUGAAAUUGAGCCAAAGCAAAACUCUUACAGAGUCAGUCACUAAAGAGACUGCAUUAGUUUCAAAUAAUACUUUAGUGAAACCAAGUGACGUAAUCGCUUUUUCCAAACUUGUUUCAGAGGUAGAUCCUGAAGAACAGGAAAAUGUCACAAAUGCAAUGAGUGGUAAAGAAUCUCUUGGGUCUGUGGAAGAGGCAUGCACGCGUUCUGUGGGUGAGGAAAUAGAUGAUUAUCUACAAUUAGAUUCCUCUGCAAAUACUGCAUUCAACUUAGAUAACUGUUUAAAGAAAACAGAACCAGUAUGUCCUGACUUGCAUUACCAUCAAAACAAAGAUGCUAUAACAUUCAUACUGCAAGUGCAAAAUAUUAAUGAAGAAAGCUUCAAGUCAGUACUUCAAACUCAUGAAUAUAGUGUUAUAUUUGGAACACAGGAUUCUGAUGUCAUAUAUUCUUUGAGAGUUCAAUUUCCUCCAGAACAUCAGCUGGACACCACAGAAACAGUUGUUAAUAUAUCUAAAGACAAUGCUGCAGUUGUGUUAAUGAAAUCACCUGAGUGUCGAGGCUUGUGGCAAAGCUUUCAUGCUGGAGGUACAUGCAACCGUUUGCAGAAGAAACUAUUUGUAACUUCAGAAAAUAUCAGUCAAUUCUUGAGUACUACUUUGGAGGAUCCAGUCCCAAAUGAGCUAUCAAGAAAACAUCCUUUGAUUAGUGUGACGGAAGUCAGUGAAAGUGGUCUUGUUAUUCAUUCUAAGCAACAAGAAAGUGAGAAUACCAGUUCCCAUAGACUUUUCCUGAAGCCAGAUGGAGUUAACUACAAUGAAGCUUAUAAUGCUGAUUCAAACAUUCAACAACAGACGGGAGAAAUUUACCCCUCUGAAACUACUGCAGAGGAUAACACAUUGAAAAAAGAGACAUCCUUAGUAAAUGAUGCUCCUGAGUCUGUGUCUAAUCACAAAGACCAGUUACUGAUGGCAGGAGAAGGAACAAUUGUAAAAGUUUCAAAGGACAUGGAUCAGUUGCUUGACAGUAACAGUUGGACUGCUGUUAAUGCAAGUAAACUUAGUGAGGUUAAAAUAAAAAGUGAGUCAGUUAUGUCACCCUCUCACAUGAGUACAAUAUAUGCUGACAAACCACAAUCUGUAAAUUGUAAAAAAUCAGUACAAUUUAAACAGUGCGAAGAAGUGGAUGGUGGUUAUAUACUUGAUGAAGAUGACCUUCCAAGUAACCAUAAGGAUGGGAACACUCCUAAGUUUACUAAUACUACGGCUCCACUGCAAAUUCUUGAGGAAAUCAAUCCCAGUGACCAAAGUAUUAAGAUUAUAAGUGACCAUAAAACACAAUCUGCAUUCAAUUUUCAGAAUAUGGAAUUGUAUCAACUAGACUAAAGAAAUGUGUGAUAUGGUUAGAAAGGAAUCAUUAACUUUAUUUACCUUAUUUAAGACUUCGCACUUCAGGGGUCUGAACAAACAAAGGUUGCGUCUCAACUUUAAACCUGUAAUACACUGUGGUAUAGGUUGGUUUGCAUUUUAAGUUGCAUUCCAAAUCUCAAAAUGAGUUUAAUUUUUGGUUAGCACUUGGCCAUGUCAUAACAGCCGAACUGGCAAUUUCUAUGACAGUUUCUGAUUUGUAAUUAAGUCUGCAGAUUUGUCAGCAACAGCUGAUUUUAAAAAGUUUCAGCUCUGUAUUUUUAUUUCUAUUUUGUUGAAUCUCUUGCAAUUAACUUUACCUGGCAAGUCUACUAUAUAAUUUCAAUAAAGAAGUUAAAAACUGUUAUAAAUUCUGCAUCUGGUUUCAAAUGCCAAAACUAAUUUAUGAUAAAACAAUUUUUUUUUUAAUCACUUGAUAAUUUAAGUUAUUGAUUUUUUUUGGAGUUUGCGAUCACUGUUAUCUUAAGAUUACAGUAAUAAUGCAGUGGACAAAUUUCCGACCUCUGAGCCAGAAGCUCUGUCUCAGAGUUCCACCUCGAGACUUGAUGGCCAGGAAACGUCAUUCACAAUGCAGCUGAACAGUUUGAUGAUUAACCUUGAAAUCCUUCCAACACAUGCCAUUGACAGCAUUAGGCUACCUGGCCAGCCAUAUGCUGAAAACAAAAUCACAGCCUUUCCCAUUGUCAUCUAAAUCUCCGUUCUACAACAUGCAUGGAAAAAAAUGUGCAUGUUCAAACAGCACUUCAGUUUGAGUGAGCUAAAGACACCACCACCAAUAUUUUUGGUAGUAUCAAUAUUCAAACUUCAUGUUGGUUCCCUAACUCUGAGUUAAAAACAAAAAUACUCUUUAAAAACUACAUAUACAAUUCUUCAAUUUCCCUGAUGGAUUGAAUCUUGCCAAUUUGAAUUGCAAGUUUCACCUUCUGCUCCUCUAUCAGUUGGACUGGAGCAUCAGAUGGGUACAAGGGAUUAUGUCCGAAGAUGGAGACUGGUGUUUUAGGGAGAAAUCUUCAAGCUGGAAGUAAUUAGAAUUAAGCUAGGAUAAUGGGGUACAGUGGAUCAAAGUUGGAAGAUUAGAAAUAUUGGCACAGGCAAAUGAUUGGACGAGAUUUCAAAGGUAGGGAGGGAUGAUAGCAGUAAAGAGUUGAAAAUUGGAAAUUUUCAACUAUUACAUUGAAUAAUCUGAAUAUAUGUUAAUUAGAUUUUGUCUGAGAUAAAUUGGGGAGGAACUGUUGGACUACUAAAUGAAGGAGGCACCCAUUUCAUAUAUAACUUGCAGUGCUCCCAAUUAUCAAGUGAUUGUUUUAGGUUAUGAGCAUUUUCACUUCAAGUGCAUUGAUUGAUUUUACAACAGUAGAAAAGGCUAUCCAAACCAUAGCGAAAAAGGAGGUAGUUGAGACAUUGAAUGGACAAACACUUAAGAGAGAGAGGUAUUAGAAAGGCUGACUCUACAUAAAAGUUGAAAAAAAUCACCAGAUAUGAAUGGGAUGCAUCCUAGGAUGCUGAAGGAAGUAAGGGAUGGUACUUAGGAUGCAGAAAAAUUGAAAAUCUUAUGUCCUUAAAAGAAAGCGUGCAAAGAAUGGCAAGAAAGAUUUUAGAAACAAUGACCUGGACAAAAUUAAGUCAUUUGGAUACGUGUGCAUGAUGAGCAGCAUGCUGAAGCAGAGAGACUUGGAAUACUCUUCCACAUCUCUUCAGCCUCAAAUUUUCCUCCUUAAAACAUUCCAUGAAACAUGCCUCUUUGACCAAGCUUUUAGUUGUCUUACUUAAUAUCUCCAUGUGUGACUCCUUGCCCUGUUUUGUUUAAUAAUAGUCCUGUAAUGUGCCUUGGACUGUUGCAUCUUGAAGUCUCAGGUUUUUAUGUUUUGAAUUAAUGUUGUGGUUACUAUUGUUUCCUGUGUGGUCAUGCUGGAUCAAGCACUCCCAAAAGGUGAUAUUAUUGGAAUGGCACACAAGCAUUUACUUAAGUUUCCUUGUGGAUAAGUGAUGAAAACAUCCUGUAGCUCUUUAACAGCACUGUGGGCAUGCCUACAACCACAUUGGAAGGAACAGUUCAAGGCAGGUUUUCUUCACUUUCUCGAAGGCGACAGGGGAUGGACAACAAAGAUAGGCUUUGUUAUUAACACACAAAUUAAUUAAAAUGCAUUUGUCAAUUAUUCUACCAUCUACCAUAAAUACUUUAAACAAAAAAAGCGCUCCAUAGUUCUUUCCUCCCAUUGAUGCAGUUACA